UAAGAAAGUAAGAAAUCGAUUUAUAUCGAGAUGAGUGCACAAAUACAACAAGAAUCGCAAGAUUCAUGGGGUAGUGAAGAUGAUGAUGAUGAUGAUGCAAAGUCAUCGCUUUCGGUAGAUAAAUUAUUGGUGAAUGAAUCAUCGAAAGAGGAGGAGCAAGGAAAGGAAACCUUAAUAUCCGCAUGGUCGCUAUUCUUAGACGGAGGCAUUAUUCUCGAAGUUGGCGUUACACUGGACGAGUACUUUUUCGAUUCCAUCGUGCAAAUAUCAUGUCCUCCGCAUUAUGAAGACCAGUAUUUACAAUUUGAGAGUUGCGAAUGGAAAGAAAUAUUCAAUUUUAAAACGGAACACUUAAUUAAACAUAUGGUGCAGUGUACGCCUAAAAGAAGGAGCAAGCAUGAAAUUUUUACCCAGUCCAAAAUAAUAAUACUUGAAGCGGAAGAAGAAGAAGGCGUUAGAUGUAUUCGAAUAAGCGAAUCAGAUAAAUCUAUACUAUUUUCCAAGCAAGCAGUCGAUAUGAUAUUUAACGCUUCCGAAGUGAUUACUCAAAAACUGAAUGUCGUCAAUCACUAUGCGAUGUAUUGUCUUUAUGAUGACUUUACGCGUGAGUUGGCAAAAAUUCUACAUACCGAAGGUGUUACUAGCGAAGAGAGCAUUUUAUCCAGAGCGAAAAUCAUAUGCCAAAAUCUCAAAUUCUUAACAUCGCUAUGCAGUUGGAAGGAAAAGUAUGAUAAUUUGCAAGACUUUACUCUUCUAACAGAAAUUGUAAACAUUCACCCUCGAAAAUUUAUAAAUACGGUUGUUAGUAAAAUUAGCAUGUUAAAAUAAAUAAUUUUAUAGCGUAAAAAAUGCUUUUUAUUUAUUCAUACGUAUCGAUACACAA